UCUUUCACCCACCGCCUCCUCCUCCUCCGGAGACCACCGGCACCGAGCGAGAGAGAGAAGAGGGGAGAGAGAUCAGCCAUGGCUGCGGUGGUGCGAGGCUUGUUGAACGGCAUCAGGGAGAAGGGCCUCACCAACUUCCUCCGCCAUGCCCGCGACGAAGGCUACUUCAAAUGCCUUCUGGAUGGAAACCUUUUGCAAACUAAAAUCCACAAUAUCGGCGCAACACUAGUAGGGGUAGACAAGUUUGGGAACAAAUAUUAUGAAAAACUACAUGACACUCAGUAUGGAAGGCACAGGUGGGUAGAAUAUGCAGAGAAAGGCCGCUAUAAUGCAUCCCAAGUGCCUCCUGAAUGGCAUGGAUGGCUGCACCACAUUACGGACAGCACUGGGGACGAGCUACUGGAGCAGAACGCUAAAGCUUACAUUGUGGAUCACAAGGAGAACUUCUCCGGCGAGGGUGAGGAGCUGAUCUACCACUCCAAGGGGCAUGCUCUAAACCCAGGACAAAGGGACUGGACGAGGUACCAGCCGUGGGAACCAAAGAAAGAAGAGGCCUCCUAAGGGCGCAAAUAAAUCGUCAUUUGGUGUCUAAAAAGAUACAGCCGGCUCUUGUUUCUUGGGCUGAAUCUGAAUAAUAAGGGUUGUCUUGGAUUCUUUAGAGGAAUAACUGAGAAUGUAACAUUAUGGAGUCUGAAUUCACACAUAUUUUUUGGUUGUUUUGAUGGAGCCCUCAUCCCCGUUUGAAUGGAAGAGGAUUAGUGAAUGCUGA